UAAUAUUGUUGGUACUACCUUCAAGAGCUCCUUUUACGAGCUUGUUGGCGAGCAGGGCAGAUGCCAUUGCAACUUCAACUUCAAGGGAGAGCUCACAUGGCUUUUCAGGUCCCUUGGAUAUUUGAAUGAUGCAGUUGAGGAGCCGGUUCGCCCUUACCUUCGAUUGCUGCAGCUCCACUUUGGAAGGAGAAAGUUGCAGGAGAUGCUUCUUGGUGCUCGGUUAGCACCUGGGCAAGCUUUGCUGACCACAUCCUGGGAAAGAAUCUGCUGGACGUUGUUUCAGCUUUCGAGGUUCGUCUUCACAAAGUGUACACGCUUGUAAAGCAAGACCAGUGAGUCGGUGGUAGGCCUGUGUAACUCCAUUCUUAGAAUCUGGGGACAUCUGGAGAUUGACAAGGUAUCCACAACAGAAUGGAGACGCCACCAACAGCUCCGGGGGGAGAGCAGUCUCAGGGAGAGCACCGAGAGCCUCUGCCACAGAACGGGCCGAACACGCUCAUCUUCCAAAACACGUCGUCCCGGAUGUCGAUCCCCCUGGCUCUCCUGCGCCUAUCCAAAAGUCCAUACCCACCCAUCGAAGAAAACGAAGGCAGCGACGGCAGUCAGGACGAGCUGCAGGCAUACUGCUUAGAAUCAAAGCCAGCAGAUUCCGCGCCCUCGCACAGCAGAAGCAGGAUUCUACCCCCACCCUCUCAAACCUUGGAACAACCUCCGCCGUCCAACAAUCCCCGCGAAACGCUGGGAGAAGUGCAAUCAGUCUUGAGUGACUCCAGACGCUAUGAAGCGCUCCUGCACGUGCUGGAGCUUUUGCCAGUGGACUUCCGUCUGGCGGUGGUGCCGUUGGUGUGCAAGGAGUGGCGGGACGCCGCGUUUGACCCCGCGUGCUGGAGCCAUGUGGAGGUGGGCGAGGUGCGCUUCCGGGAGGGAAUAUUGGAGGCGGCCAGGGAGAUCUUUUGGGAGGCCGGCCCGCGCCAGAUCCAGGGCCUCGUCAAGAAGCUCGUCGAGAAGAGCGCGGGCCAAAUGCAGUCCUUCCGCGCGACCGUCCCAACCACCGACACGCUCCUCCUCCUCGCGGCUGGUUGCCCGAACCUCCGAACCCUUCUCGUGCCCCGGAGCUUUCGCGCGGUCACCAACGACUCUCUCGCCGCGCUCGCGCGGGCCUGCCCCCGGCUGACGGAACUUGACAUCAGCGGCUGUCUGAAGGUGACGGAGGUCGGGGUAAUACAGGUGGCGACCUUCUGCCAGGGCCUGCAGAGGCUGAGCGUCGCCGGGAACUUCCAGUUUUCCAACUGGGCCCUCGCGUCGGUUGCGAUGAACUGCCGCGGGUUGCGGAGCCUCGACGUGUCGGGGUGUCAGCGCGUGCGGGAUGACGGGCUCGAGAUUCUUGCGGCGAAGUGCAAGGCGCUGGUUGCGCUCGAAGUGGGGGGGUGCCGGGAGAUCACCGAUCGCGGAGUUUGCGAACUCGCGCGGAGCUGUGUCAACCUGGAGAACCUCGGGUUGGGCGCGUGUAAGCUGCUGACGGACGCUUCCGUGACGGCAAUCGCCGUCAAUUGCCCCCGGUUGAGCGUGUUCAAUCUGAGCAACGUCGACAGUGUUACUGAUAGGGGGAUCGUGACUUUGGCUGCGCACGCGGCGCAGCUGACGGACAUUAACGUAGGUGGGUGCUUCCGGAUUACGGACCAAGCAGUCUCUGCGAUUUUGGGGGGGUGUCCGAAGCUGAGCAGGAUCAGCGUGCGGGGCUGUACGAAGCUGAGCGACGCUUCGCUUACGGCCAUUGCUCGCCGGGAGUUGUAUUAUUUGGACGUAAGGGGGUGUAGAGGCAUGAGCGAUGGGCUCAUUCGUCAGGUGAUGCAGGAGCGAAACAACCAAAAGCGCAGGCUGGUGAGCUCGUAUGGACUGUAAGAUAGGAUCUUGAUCAGAACAAUCCUGCACGCAUCCGCUUCUGCAAGAAUCACGGAGACAUGUACCAUAAAGCUUAGGCAAGUGCACAAGUAGUUAUGCACAGCACGCGCAUCAUUGCUCAGCGGAUAGUUGUAGAUAAGCAAGACUCCUGUCAAUGUUGGUUAUCUUCGAAUAAUUACUUGUCGAGUAUCAGCCAACCUUCAAGUUC